GGUAUAAAAUUAAGGGGAGAAAACAUAAGCCUAAUUAUAGAGAAGAAACCUAAACAAAGGACAACACAAACCUAAAUUAUGGAAAACUAAAACCAAAUUUGGAUAAAAAACAAAUAGAAAGGGAUGGGAAAGGGCAAUAGCCUGGGCCAGUGUGUUAAAAGGCCAAGUCAGGCAAGGCACACUUAAUUUUUGCAGCUCAGUGCGCCUGAGGAAGGCCAAUACAGGCCGAAACGUUGCGCGAGACUGAGCUUCGCUAUGGCAUUUUAGCCAAAUUUUUGGACUCCCCACCACCUUUGGGUGGUGGAAAUUUUCUGUGGCUGGCGGGGGCCGCCGCCCUCUGGUCGAGGAGAGUGCACCUCCAUGCCAGGGCAAGCCCUUGGUAUGGCUCCUUCCCCUUCACCUAACCCCAACUGUGGACGGAACGUCGCGAGGGCGACCUGAAAGACAUACAGAAGAAGAAAUAAGGUUAACCAAACUCAAAAAGGGAGGGAAUUAGAUAACAAGAAAACAAAAUAAAAGCCAAACAACAACAAAUAUAAAAAAAGACAAAAAAAUUAGUAAACUAAUAAAAACAUCAAAAAAAUUAAAAGCGGUAUUAUACUUGAUAUAACUUUAAUUUAAGAUACAUAAAUCUAAACUAGAAAAAACUAUAUUAUUAACUAAAUACACCGCUACAAUAUAUAACUAUAGGAGAUGGGGACGGGGGACUGGCAAUCCAUGUGAAGGAAGAUGCACUCCUGGCGGGACGGGCAAUAUGCCUGUCAUGCCAGCUAUUUUUCCCAUGACUCUUUCAGUGUAAAUGUAAUGACACUCAAUAUUUGUGGUGUCCUAUCAGGACAGUAUGGCUUCCUACAGGAGUGCAUGAACCUGUCUCUGUCCAAACAAACAGUCUGCUGUCAGUGGACUUUGGCACGUGGAAAACACGCUGUCAGCAGGUGUUUCAGACUUAGCUAGGCAAGUGGCUGCCUCCACAUUUCUGUCAAACAUGGCUGAGAGGAGAAGAGACGUGAAGGCAGCAACAGAGCCCGACUUCCUGCAGUUUAAUGAUCUCGCUUGUGAGGCUGUUGGGGGGAAGGUGAUUUUUGCUACAGAUGAAUGGUUUGCUCCUGCUGCCAACCUGUUGAAGAGAGAGCCACCACAGUUCAUUGCUUCUGCCUUCACUGAGUUUGGAAAGUGGAUGGACGGAUGGGAGACAAGGAGAAAGAGGAUAUCCGGUCAUGACUGGUGCAUCAUCCAGCUGGGAGUGCCAGGGAUGAUCUACGGCUUCGAUGUCGACACGUCCUUCUUCACUGGAAAUCACUCACCUUACGUCUCCAUCCAGGCUGGCUGUCUGGACAAACCUCCAACCUACAGCUUGGAAGGAGAUCGAACUGGCAUGGCUGCCUCUGACAGUGAACUUGCUGCUGUCGCCAAGCUGGAUUCGGAGGCAUGGCCGGAGAUGGUGUGCGUGUCGCAGCUGAAGCCUGGAUACUCAGACAGCUGUCACAACUACUUCAAGGUGAACUGUAACCACAGAGUCACACACCUGCGCCUCAACAUGCACCCAGAUGGAGGGAUCGCGAGACUGCGAGUGUAUGGCAUCGGGCAGAGAGACUGGUCGUCGGUCUCCACCGACCAAGACAUCGAUCUGGUGGCUCUGAACAAUGGGGGAGUCUGCCUCAGCUAUAGCGACGCCCACUUUGGGCAUCCACGCAACAUGAUUGGUCUCGGGCGAGCUGUCAACAUGGCCGAUGGCUGGGAAACAGCCCGCAGACUGGACCGACCAAAACACCUGAAGGUGGACAAGCACGGGAUCCUGCAGGUCCCUGGUUGGGAGUGGGCCGUGUUUCGUCUAGGUCACCCUGGAGUGAUCCGUUGCAUCGAGGUCGACACCAACCAUUUCAAAGGAAACUUCCCAGACUCCUGCAGGAUGGAGGCUUGUUUUCUGACCUCCAAGGAGGAGGCUCAGUGCAUCGAGACCAGGUGGAGUUCUGAGAAAUGGCGGAUCCUUCUUCCCCCUCAGAAACUCCGUCCUCAUCACAGACAUCUGUACAGCGAGGCCGAGCUGACUCUGAGCCAACCCGUCAGUCACGUUCGUUUCGUCAUCAGCCCAGACGGAGGAGUCAGUAGGCUGCGACUAUGGGGUGAACCCACUUCUGUCACUGAAGCUCCAUCCAAUCAGCAGAGACCAGCAUCCAAACUUUGAUGCUCCUGACACUCAUCUUCCAUCGCUGGGGGGUUGAUGUUUCAUGACUCUGUCCGACACUUAUGUCAGCACAACACAUCCCAUAAUCCUCUGAGCUGACAACAUCACUGCAAUGUUCAGGUUCAUUGUCACAGUCCACUCAGAGUCCAGAGACACAGCUUCAAAACCCAAAAUGAAGAGAAAUCAUUACAGUGGAGGGUGUUUGGAAUUAAAUGAUCAUUUACCAAAAUGUUUGUCUGUCAGCUGACCUCAGCAUGUUGAUGUGUCAACAGGAUGAACUCAGUGACACGUACUGAAUAAAAACCCUCUGAUUGGACUGAA